AUGCCCACAUCUUUUUCUCUUAUUUCAGUUGUAUCUUCUGCUGGCACCAUCUUCGUGGACAGCGAGCGACCAAUCAUAUUCCGGAACAGUGAGCGUAGCUUCGGACAUCGGAUCAUACAGCUCGGAAAAUGGAUGAUCGUCAGCGCCCCCUGCUAUCCAGAGGCCACAAAUAAAACUGGCCGGUUGUAUCGCUGUGAUCCACGAACCACAAGCUGCUCUCCAAUCCCCAUUACUGGGUCUCCAGAAGAUCACAACAUGUCUCUUGGGCUGUCUCUGACCGUUCAGGAGAAGACACUUCAGGUGCUGGCUUGUGGGCCGACCCUGCAGAGAACCUGUGGACAGAACAUGUAUGUGAACGGUCGCUGUUACCUGAUGGAUGAGCAGCUGCAGGUGCAAAGCAUUCUGCCCUCAUCACUCCCAGAAUGUUCACUCCGUGGCCUGGACAUAGCCUUUCUUAUUGAUGGCUCCGGUAGCAUUGCUCCCUCUGAUUUCCAGAUAAUGUUGGACUUUGUGGCCACGGUUAUGACAGACUUUAGAGCCAGUAAUGCUCAGUUUGCUCUCAUGCAAUAUUCUAGUAAAUAUAAAACACACUUUAACUUUAUGGACUUUUCAAAAAUAAGAGAUCCAAUAUCACUGACAGGAGGCAUAAUGCAGCAAAAUGGAACAUCGACCCGGACCUGCACAGCCAUCGUGCACGCCGUUAAAGAACUCUUCAAUACAAGCAAAGGCGCCCGUGACAAUGUGGAGAAACUCCUGAUUAUUAUAACGGAUGGAGAGUCACGUAUGGAUGGCACCCCAUCAGCAGUCUCCACCCAGGAGGCCAACAGGAUCGGGGUGCGGCGCUUUGCUAUUGGGGUGGGUGACACCUUCUCCAGUCCUCACGCCCAGAAUGAACUGAAGGCAAUCGCCUCCCCAGAGCCUGGGGAUCAUGUUUUCAAUGUUACGAAUUUCACUGCAUUAAAACGUCUAAGUAAGACCCUAGAGGACAAAAUCUUUACCAUUGAAGGUAUUCAGACUCUGAGUGGAGAUAAGUUUCAGAUGGAGGUUUCUCAGGAAGGCUUCAGUUCCCUUUUGACUCCAGGUGGAGCAAUCCUAGGAGUGGUUGGUGCUUAUAACUGGGCAGGAGGGGCAUAUAGCUACCAGACUGGGCAGGAGAAGCCAACCUGGAUGAAUGCCCCACAGGAUGGGACUGACAUGACAGACUCCUACAUGGGUUAUGCCAUGCAGCUUGUGAAUCCGGAUUUAAUAGCCAUUGGAGCACCAAGGUUCCAGAAUGUGGGGAGGGUCCUGAUCUAUAGAAGAAACCCAAACCUUGUCCUCUGGAAUCAAGUGGCUGCAGUCACAGGAGGGCAGAUUGCGGCCUAUUUUGGUUCUGUUCUGAGUUCGCUCCAUGUAAAUUCUUCUUAUUCUCUUCUUCUGGUUGGGGCUCCGACACAUUUUUCUGCUGAUUCUCCCAAUGGUCUUGUAUUCUUGUGCCCCAUCACAAAGGUAAUGGAUUCUCAUAUCUCAAACUACACAAAUGUCACCUUUACCUGUCCAUGGACUCUUCAGGGUGACAGCAGCCAGACAGUGGGUCAGUUUGGUUCUGCUAUCUCCGUCCUUCCAGACCUUACUGGGGAUGAGCUUUGUGACCUGGCAGUGGGUGCUCCCUGUGAGGAUAACCAUCAGGGCGCUGUAUACAUCUUUUCGGGCAAGGAUGGGGGUUUUAAAACACGCUAUAUACAGCGCAUUCCCGGUUGGUACGUCAGCAGGAAGUUGAUGUACUUUGGAAGAUCAUUGACUGGAAAUUUCGACAUGACAGGAGACAAUCUCCCAGACGUGGCUGUGGGAGGUGAAGGUGAAGUCCUCAUCCUCAGAUCUCGUCCUGUCCUGGGAGUCUCAGUUUCUAUAACGUUUGAUCCUAGUGAGAUCUCCCGUGCGCUCUAUGAAUGCGCCGACCAGCAUAGUCAAGGACCAGUCUCCACAAUCACCGUCUGCUUUACUGUCCACAUAAGAAGUAAAGACGUUUCUGGUGUGAACUUUGGGCAGCUGACAUACAAAAUGCUCCUGGAUGCCAGGCGUGCCAACACACGAGCCCUCUUUUCUGGUGCUGGCAGAUCCAUUGAGAAGACGUUGACUCUACAUGAAGGAGACCAUUGCCAGAGUCACUCCAUUGACCUUCCUGACUGUGUGGAGGACUCUCUGACUCCUCUCCAAGCUGCUCUGAAUUAUUCCUUGAUAGGAAAUUCAGUCCUCAGUGAGGAUUCACCAACCAGAAGGACGAGAGAGGUUCCAUUCGAGAAAAACUGUGGAGGAGAUGGCGAAUGUCAGGACGAUCUGCGAGUGAAUGUGACGUUCAGCAAUCUCACGUGGCUGGUGGUGGGGUUAUCUCUGGAUGUCAAUCUAACAGUCUCUGUGAAGAACCUGGGGGACGACUCCUACAACACUCGUGUUCUUCUUCCUUUCCCCUCUGACUUGUCUUAUCGUAGGGUCUCUCUCAUUGAGAGCAACAAGCGAGUUACCGUCACAUGCUCAACACUCGAGAGCCAGAGAGUGGUGGACUGUGGAAUUAACAGACCCCUGCUUAGAUCGAACACUACAGUCGUCUUUCUGGUCAGCUUCCAUGUAGCAUCAAUGGCAGAACUGAAGGACAUGUUGACUAUGACAGCUAAUGUGAGCAGUGAUAAUGGAGGCGCUUUCAGUCAGGAAAUGACAUCCUCAUCUGGAGUGAGAGUCCUGUAUUCCAUCUAUGUGACCAUCAGCAGCCUUGAAGAAACCAGCAAAUACCAGAACUAUUCUUCCUCAGACAACAGCAUCAGACACGUGUACAAGGUUAUCAAUCUGAGCCAGAGAAGGCUGCCCCUCUCUAUCAUCUUCCUGGUCCCCCUUCGCCUGGGGAAUGCUUCCGUGUGGGAAAAGCCAAACAUCAGCAGCUCCCAGCCAAAACUUUCCACAUGUGCCAAGAUAGAGGAACCAUCAGGAGCCGAGAACAUCCAAGAAAAGAUUAAAAUAAAUCCAGUUCUAAACUGCUCGGUUGGGUCGUGUCUCAGAGUGACCUGCGACAUCAGGAAUCUGGAAGAUGGAACAUCGAUGAUCUUCACCAUUAGUGGGACUGUGACCACAGACUGGAGUAGACAGACAGAAGUGAAGAGGAUUUCCCUGCAGACUUCGGCAGAGAUCAUCUAUGACCGUCAGAGAUUCCAGCACCUUCUUCAGCAGGAGCAGCUCUUCACCCGAGCUCAGGCGGUGACUGUGCUGAAGCUCCGCCCCUCGUACAACUACUACCCCCUGAUCAUCGGGAGCAGCCUGGGCGGACUGGCACUACUGGGGGUCAUCACCGCCGGGCUUCACAGGCUCGGAUUCUUCAAGCGUCAGUACAGAGAGAUGCUGGAAUGUUCAGGAGACGAGUGCACGGUGAUGUCACAGGAGAAGGCGGAGACAGCAGUAGAUGACACGUAGGAGGCGGAGCCGCAGAGGACAACACGGAAGAGGUGGAGCCAGCAGACAGCACGUAGAAGGCGGAGCCGCAGAGGAUGACACACAAUGACAUCACAUACAAAAAUCUAAUUUAUUAUUAUUAUCUGCAAAUUAUCUGGGUGCAAAAAUAAGCAAAAUAUUCCUGUAAAUAGAAAUAUACAGAGUCAGGCAGGAGCAGCGUCUGAUUGGUCAAUGGAAAGCCAAGGGAAUGCUGGGAAAUAUAAACACUGCCGACCGCAAUACAUGACCCCUGAACUACAGUGUGAGACCACCGGGCCCCACACUACAACCCCCAUCACCCGCGGUACCACACCGCAACCCCCAUCAUCCACGGUACCACACUGUAACCUCCAUCACCCGCGGUACCACACUGUAACCCCCAUCACCCCCGGUACCACACUGUAACCCCC